CGAUUUCGCCGUAAUCCGUGCCAGUCUAGUGAGAACAGGCGAGAUGGAAGGACGAUCAUUUCUCCGCGGAGAGAGCCAUGCCAUCCACGACGGCGGCGGCGGCGGCGGUGAGUGCCUUUCAUUAGACGAAAUCUUGAACAAAGCUCUGUCGGACGACCCGCAAUUGGGAGAGCGUGAAGCGCUGCGGCUGCGCGACUCCGGCCUGUCAAUCAGCUUCGCCCAAUUGAAUAGCAAAGCCAACGAGUUGGCCGCUCGACUGGCGUCGGCCAUCGCCCAACUGUCGACGCCCGUCAGUGGCGACAAAAUUGUAGCCGUCAAUCUCUUCCCCGAUGUCGAUUUGAUCGUGAGUUUAUUGGCGAUUUUCAAAAUUGGCGCCGCUUACCUGCCGCUCGACCCGACCUUUCCAUCCGAUCGAGUCGAUCACAUCCUAACAGAUGCCCAGCCCGUUUUACUUGUUACGACUGGAACCAUCCUGAGAGCCACGGCCUUUGCGUCCGUCGUGGCCGAUCACGACGUCUGCGUCUUUGAUCUCGAAGACAAAGAGAAUGAAGAGGCGUCGUCCAGCAUCGUUCCUUUGAAGGAGGAGACAAAGGAAAGCCCGUCAUCAUCCCAGCAGCCGCAUGGUGGCGGCGGUAAGAAUCUGGCGGCCGUGCUCUACACUUCGGGAUCGACGGGAAUUCCCAAAGGCGUCCGUCUGGAACACGCCACGAUCCUGCACCGACUGAGCUGGCAGUGGCGCACGUUCCCUUACGGUCCAACGGAGGUGGGCUGUUUUAAAACGGCCCUGACUUUUGUCGACUCCAUCGCCGAGAUCUGGGCGCCGCUAUUGAUCGGUCGACCCGUUGAGAUCGUCUCCAAAUCCGUCACUCAAGACGCCCAGCGUUUCAUCGAUCUCUUGGAUCGAUGCAAAAUCACGCGGCUGGUCUUGGUGCCUUCCUUACUCAAAGCCAUUCUGACCCUUUUGAAAUCGGGAGACGGAGGGUGGAAGCAGGGCGGAUCGCCGAAGUCCGCUUCCGGCAAUCAGCACUAUCCUCUUGAACAUCUCAAAAUGUGGGUCUGUUCAGGAGAGGUCCUCACUGGCGAGCUCCUUUUAGAGUUCUACGACUGCUUUCCGCCCGGCACCAUCAUAUGCAAUUACUACGGCAGCACAGAAGUCAUGGGUGACGUCACCUACGCGGCUUUCCGCUCACGCGAAGACGUCCUGGCCUCUUUUAUUGAUGACAAAAUCCCCAUUGGAAAGCCAUUAGAUAAUUGCGCCAUAUACUUGCUGGACGCUUCGAGAGAUUUGAUCAAAGAUGGAGAGAUAGGAGAGAUUUAUGUGGCCGGAAGUCACUUGUGUUCGGGUUACGUCAGAAACCGGGAAAUGGAACGAUUCUUGAAAAAUCACGUUGAUGACACUCCAGGUUAUGAAGUCAUGUUCCGAACGGGCGAUUUCGGUCGGAUUCUCAACGAUCAGCUUUAUUACUUUGGCCGCGCUGAUUCGCAGGUGAAGAUCCGAGGUCAUCGCGUGGAUCUAAGUGAAAUCAACGCCGCCAUCGAAUGGAAUAAGCUCGUGUCGACCUGCGUCGUCCUGAGUUACAAAGCGGGAGAGCCUGAACAAGAAAUUGUAGCUUUCGUCAUUCCAAUGGAAAAGGAAAUCACUGUUGACGUCAUCAAAGAUCGGAUGAAAGACAAGCUUCUCUCUUACAUGAUGCCCAAGCUGGUACUGAUUGACGAGCUUCCUUUGUUAGUCAACGGCAAAGUCGACCGCCAGAAACUGAUGCGGAUCUACGUCGAUCAGCGUCAACAACAAAACGAUUUGACAAGUUGUUUAACUAUUUGGGACGGAAACGAGUUCAGCCGCGAAGAGAGAGCCCUAUUGAAAACCGUCUAUUCAAUCGUUGGCUCGUCAUCGGGCAGAGCCAUUCAACUUUCGGACAAUUUUUUCGAAAUUGGGGGCAAUUCACUCAACGCUGUCAAUGUGGUAACCAAGCUGAAGGAUCAAGGCUUUCACAUAGAUUUGACCGAAUUCCUUGCCGCCUCCAGACUAGAAGAUUUGGUUUCUCAACUGUUGCCAUCGAAGGCGGCCUGCGGAUCAAAGACAUCGGAUCAUCAGUUAUCCAAUCACACUGUCGAAAUGCUGAGCCCGUCAGUCAAGGAAGACGUCAUCAGGAUUAUCAGUACAAGUUUCUCGGAGAAAGCCGAAUUGGAACUUUUGACAGGCGUCAGCCGUCAGGAUUACGAAGUUUUCAUGGAGGAACUCUGGGAGCCAUUAGUGGCAGCAGACUUGAGCUUUGUUAUCCGGAACGGGAGCGGACAAGUCGUGGCCGUGGCCCUGAAUUUCGAUCUCUUCGACGAGCCUGUCGUUGAACCGAAAGUCCGGCGCUUGGCGUACGUCUUUGAAUUUCUCGAGGCGAUUGAGGCUCCUGUCAGAGACAAGCACUUUGAAAAGCGGACCAACUUAUUGAUCCACAGCUUUAUGAUGGCAACGGCCGAAACCUCCAGUCCAUUGGAGAACAUCCAACUCAUCCAGAAAACGGAGAAAGAGACCCUGGAGCUGGCGAUACAGAAAGGCUUUGUCGGUGUUUUCACAACCAACACCAACGAGCUCACAAGACAAAUUUGCGACGACCUACUGGACUAUACUGUAUUGUUCGAGUGCCAAGUGAAUCAACACAUCGCUAGCGAUGGGACCAAGCCUUUUGAACACGCUCCCGAUACCCAAUAUUCGACAGUGACUGUCAAAUAUAUACACUAAAUUCUCCUAUUCUUUUUUGUUUAAACAAA